UCUAUGAUGAAUGAACCCAAAUUAAAUUAUCAUUCUGUCAUCAUGUCAGAGGUGUGUUGAUGCUGUACUUUCCUGCUGCUUCUCCUCUAUCCUGCCAAAAUAAAAGCAAAAAGCGAUUUAAUAAAUAACAAAAGCAGCAGGCAGCAUGUUAACAUUUAGUUUGUGGCAAGAAUGAAGGGUUUUGCAAUAUAAGUUUCUACAGUAACACAGAGGAGGAGCCUGAAAAUCUGACAGAUAUAUAGAGAUUGUGUUAGACUGAACCACACAAGGCACAGACGAUUUAAAAAGAAAACAUUGAUAAAUCUCUGCAGUGAUCAGCUGAGAAAAUAUUGAGAAGAUGGCGAUGACGGUGUUUGUCGCGGCUCUGCUCUCUGUUUUCACGGGGUUUGUUGUGUCGGUUCCUGAUGGAUUCAAGCCGGUCGACUGUUCUGACCUUUAUAAAGCAGGACAAACAGUCAGUGGGAUUUACUCCAUCUAUCCAGCAGGUGACGUUCCUGUCUGGGUUUACUGUGACAUGAUCGGAGGAGGAGGAUGGACGGUGUUUCAGAGGAGAAUGGACGGCAGUAUUAAUUUCUAUCAGCCGUGGAAAGAGUACAAGAGAGGAUUCGGGUCCACUGAAGGAGAAUACUGGCUGGGGCUGGAGAACAUGUACCAGCUGACACGUAACAGGAAGUACAUGCUGAGAGUGGAUCUGGAGGACUUUGAAGGAAGGAAAGUUUUUGCUCUGUACUCGUCCUUCUCUGUGGGUCCUGAAACUGACGGGUAUAAACUGCAUGUUUCAGGGUUCACUGAUGGAGGAGCAGGUGACUCUUUGACCUACCACAAUGGACAGAAGUUCUCCACCUUUGACAAGGAUCAAGACACCUGGCCUAAGAACUGUGCCAAAGAGUAUCUCGGGGCAUUUUGGCACACAGGCUGUCACUAUGCACACCCCAAUGGUGUGUAUUUAUGGGGAAAAAAUCCCAACCAUUACGGAGCUGGUGUUGGUUGGUACUCCUGGAAGAAUAAUGUCGACAGUAUGAAAUUCAUCAGCAUGAAGAUCAGACGUGUGUCUUAGACCUUUGAAGAAACAUUACAAAACAAAUCAAAACAAAACAAAAAAAAUGUUACAAAAGAAAACAAAACUAAACAAUUUAAGUUUAGUUUCCUUUCCUCUGUUAACUGUGUAACUUAGUAAAUCAUGUCAGAAUAUAUAUCACUGAUGUUUUGUGUACUCAUCAAUCAUCAAUCACUUCUCAAUCAUCAAUCACUUCUUUAAAUUUUAAAUUGAACUGAAUCAACAAUAAACU